GAUCGCAUAUGGUUAGAGGAGGGGUAAAGCGACUCUCCGACUGACAGAUCUCUGUUUAUCUGCGAUAGUAACAGUUGCAUUAAAUCGUUUUUACUCAUUUAUUGUCUGUUUGUUAUUUCACUGCAUCCAUGUAUAAGUUUUCACUCGACCACCUUCAGGGUCAUUGGCUCUGUGUUUGCUAAACGGUGUUGGUUAUGGAACUGCAAGCCAAUAAUGAUGAACCACCGUUAGUUUGUAUAGAAGAAAACAACAGAAGAAGAAGAAGAAAGAUGAAAGCAUUUACAUCGAACUCAGCCGUACCCACGGAUCAAAUCGCUGUUGAGUUUGUCCUUCCCACCAUCAACAAGAAGAGUUCAGACAAGAGUCCAGACACGCUGCUACUUGAUGUGACCGGAAAUUGGACGGUGGAGCAGGUGAAGGUUCAGAUCUGGCACAGAGCACUAACCAACAAACUCUGCCCUGAAUUUUACCAAAAAUUCUCUCCGGAUCACUGCAUCCUCCUCUAUCAGAAAAAAGGCAACUGGUAUGAGAUCUACGAUAAACAGCAGGUGUUUCAAACCCUCGACUGCAUCCGCUACUGGAAAGCCUUAAGGAAGGAAGUCGGAAGGAUUCACAUGAUUAUACGGCCACAGCCCUCGGAGGACUCACUUCAGUACCAAAAGUUUCUCAACCACCUGAUCGGAUACGACGUUACGGAUGUUAGCAACGUCCACGACGACGAACUUGAAUUCACGCGGCGGAAACUACUGACUCCCCGGAAAAUCGAGCUAUCCGAUAGAGAUCCCAAACUUUAUGCGACUGAUCCCUGGAUAACCAGCAAGCCUCUUCCCGAAUACCUGUUGAGCAAAAUAAGUAACAAUCACAUUUUGGUGGUGAUACACAAGGACACAACAAGCCAGACCAUCAAAGUGUCUAUAGACGAUACGCCGGUACAGGUUCUUAAAAACUACUUUAACAAGAUCUCCAAAAAGAGAGCGAUUAUAGGCAUUUCGGAAGACGUCAGCGAAUCGGAUUUUGUUUUGCGGGUUUGUGGAAGAGAGGAAUACCUAUACGGAAACUAUGCCAUUAAAGACUUCCACUGGAUCAGACAGUGUUUGAAAAAUAGCGAAGAGAUCCAUCUGGUUUUGGAAAACCCACCAAACCCAGAACAUGAUGUGGUUCAGAAAGACGACUGGGCACAGGUCGACGACUGCACCGGUGUAGCCGGUACUCACGAGCAGCUGACUAUCGCAGAGAAAGACCACGAGAAGAUGUUCACCAUCUCCCUUUGGGACUGCAAUCGGAAAUUCAGGGUGAAGAUCUUGGGGAUCGACAUUCCCGUACUUCCUCGUAAUUCCGAUCUGAUCGUGUUUGUCGAAGCCAGUAUUUUUCACGGUCAGCAGCUGUUGGCUCAAGAGAGGACCUCGUCCAAGCCCUUCACGGAUGAGGUGCUCUGGAAUGCCUGGCUGGAGUUCAAUAUAAAGAUUAAGGAUUUACCCAAAGGAGCACGACUCAACCUGCAGGUGUCCUGUGGGAAAACACAAUCUCAAACUUCAAACGACUGCAAAACCAAGAGUCGUCUGCUGUACUACGUCAACCUGCUCCUGGUGGAUCACAGAUCCCUGCUCAGACAGGGAGAGUUCGUUUUACAUAUGUGGAAGAUGGCGGAGAAGAGCGAAGACAACAGCGUGAACGCAGAUAAGCUUACAUCUGCCACGAAUCCAAAUAAGAGCAAUUCGAUGGCCAUUGCUAUUCUACUAGACAGAUACUGCUACCCUGUGGCUCUACCUAAAGGAAAGGAUUCCCAAGAUGCCUUAGAAAUGGGCGAGAGAGGACAAAGAGAGAUGCCCAAUCACCUGCGCAAACAGUUUGAUCAGAUCAUCGAUACAGACCCCCUGCACCCCCUCUGUGCCGAAGAUAAGGAAUUGCUCUGGCACUUUAGACAAGAGUGCAUGAAAGAUCCCAAAGCGUAUCCAAAGUUUCUUUCCUCUGUUAAGUGGGGCAAACAAGAAGACGUGGCCAUAACACAUCGUCUGCUGGAGCGGAGCACAGUGUGGGACCGAAGCUCACUUGACGUAGGUUUGGCUUUACAGUUAUUAGACUGUCACUUUUCUGAUGAAAACGUGCGAACUAUGGCCGUGAGGAAGUUAGAGACUUUCGGAGAUCACGAUGUCCUGCGCUAUCUCCUGCAGCUUGUUCAGGCGGUGAAAUUUGAACCAUACCAUGACAGCGCACUUGUAAGGUUCCUUCUCAAACGGGCGCUUAGAAGCAAGCGGAUUGGCCAUUUCCUUUUCUGGUUCCUCCGAAGUGAAAUAGCUCAGUCCAUGCAUUAUCAGCAGAGAUACGCUGUUAUUCUUGAAGCUUACCUGCGCGGCUGUGGUGAAGCUAUGCUGCAGGACUUCAAGAAGCAGGUGGAGAUCACCGAGGCCUUGCAGAAAGUCACCCGUGAAAUCAGGCAAAUGUCUGCCGAUAAAUACGACGUGUCGACACAAGUUGUUGUUCAGUUGCGACAGAAACUGGAGAGCCUACAAACGUCGGGAUUGCCAGAAAGCUUUAAAGUGCCGUACGACCCAGGCCUGCGGGCAGGAACGCUUGUGACUGAACAAUGCAAAGUGAUGGCAUCCAAAAAGAAACCAUUGUGGCUGCAGUUCAAACGGGCUGACCCUACGUCCUUGUCGGGUGACACCAUUGGCAUCAUCUUUAAAGAAGGCGAUGAUCUUCGUCAAGAUAUGCUCAUAUUGCAGAUUUUGCUAAUAAUGGAGUCUAUAUGGGAGCUGGAGUCCUUGGAUCUGUCAUUGUUACCAUACGGCUGUAUUUCCACUGGAAACAAAAUUGGAAUGAUUGAAAUAGUGAAGGAUGCCACUACUAUCGCUAACAUUCAGCAAAGCACUGUUGGGAACACCGGCGCUUUUAAAGAUGAAAUCCUGAGCCAAUGGCUUGUUGAAAAGUGUGUGAAUGAGGACAAGCAACAGCAGGCUGUGGAUCGCUUCGUGUUCUCGUGUGCAGGAUACUGCGUGGCAACUUAUGUCAUGGGCAUCGGUGAUCGCCACAAUGACAACAUCAUGAUAACAGAGACGGGCAGCCUCUUCCACAUUGAUUUUGGACACAUACUUGGGAACUACAAGAGUUUCAUGGGGAUAAGUAAAGAACGAGUGCCUUUCGUCCUGACCCCCGAUUUCCUUUUCGUGAUGGGCACAACCGGCAAAAAAAGCAGCCCGAAUUUCCUCAAAUUUCAGAACGUUUGCCUGAAGGCCUAUCUGGCCCUGAGACACAACACCAACCUGCUCAUCAUCCUCUUCUCCAUGAUGCUCAUGACCGGCAUGCCUCAGCUGAACAGCAUCGAGGACAUCGAAUACAUACGGGAGGCGCUGACGGUCGGACGCACGGAGGACGAUGCCAAACAACACUUCUUGGACCAAAUCGAGAUCUGCAGAGACAAAGGUUGGACGGUGCAGUUCAACUGGUUCUUACAUCUAGUGCUUGGUAUAAAACAAGGCGUGGAGAAACGUUCAGCCUGACCUUUGACUGCAUAAAGGAUGUGAAACUUUACCACAAUGAAUCCUUUUGUUAUUUUAAUGUAAAUUAUGUUUACUUCAUGCAUUGUGCUGUAAGUUGAUAUAAUCAUGCACUGUUAUAUAGUAAAAAAAAGCGAUUUGAUAUAUUAUGCAGAAGUCUAAUGGAGAAGUGAUGGCAUACGGUCAACCUACAUUACAUCACUGAUCAGAAAUACAUUUGGCAAUCUUGAGGUGCACCAAGUGCUUGUUUUGCACUAAAUUUGAUUAUAUAUAU